GUCGUUAACAUUUCAUAUUUUACAUUUUAUUCCGUCAUCGUCGGUCAUGGUGUUCGUUUCGAUUGCACAUUUCAUUUUAUUUUAUUUUAUUUGGUGUUAUGACUGCUGCGGUCGAUGAUAACUAGACUUGUUUUUAGUUUCUGUCGAUAACUUAUUUUAAAUGUCGAUUAUUUAUUAUUGAUAAGUGUAAAUGUUAUUAUAGUGAUGUGUAUUAGUGUUGACUGUUGACUGUUGACGUCUGUCCUGUCCUGUCAAGAUCAGCCGGCGGAAUCUUGAAUCUUGGACUGUUGAUUACUGAGAAAAGCCACGAUUUUCAUAAUGAGUCUGUUCAAAAAAAUCAAAUUGGUCACCUUCGAUGUCACCAAUACCCUUUUGAAGUUUCGGCGCAGUCAAGGGGAGCAAUAUGGUGAAAUUGGAGCAAUGUUUGGAGUUUUGAGGGAUAACAAUCAGCUCUAUGAAAAUUUCAAGUCGAAUUGGUGGCGAAUGAACCAGCAGCAUCCAAAUUUCGGCCUGAACGAACCAGACAUGGGCUGGCGCAACUGGUGGAGGGCCCUUAUUCGAGAGACCUUCCUGGACAGUUUGUCCCUGGAUCCGCAUGCACCAGGAAUGACCGUCAAUGAAAAAAAAUUGGAACAUAUCGCCGAUCAUCUGAUCGACGCCUAUCAGACUUCAGCUUGCUGGCAACAGUGUUAUGGAAGCGGAGAAAUAUUACAAUAUCUAUCAGACAACAAAAUAACAAUGGGCGUAGUAUCCAAUUUCGAUCCUCGUCUUCCAGAAUUGUUAAAAAAUAUGAAAAUCAAAGACCAUUUCUCGUUCGUCAUGUGCUCGUAUGAAGCCAAAGCCCAAAAACCGGACGAAGAAAUAUUCAAUAAAGCUUUGGAGGAGGGCCAAAAAAUUAUACCAAACUUACAACCAUCAGAGGUUCUCCAUAUAGGUGAUACCGGUCUUUUAGACUACAAAGGAGCCCGAGAUGCAGGCUGGAAUGCAAUUCUGAUUCACGAACGAGAUCCGGAGCUACUUGCCAAAAAAUAUAAAUUUUUAGACCCAAACACGUCUACAGAAGUCUCUACGAUCUCCAUCGGAAUAUUAUUAAUGAUUCUGUAGAAUUGUGAUAAAUGUUUAAAUG